CACAUUGUUUACAACCUCCCUCCUCAUCAGCUGAGUCUGGCAGGGCUACAAUAAUACUGUAUUAUAAUAAUAAGUGGAAGAACAGAAAUGAAAUGCCUUCAUGAACACUAUACAGUAUAUCCAGGUGAAGAGGAAGAAAAUAGGAUACUGAAACUGCAGUAGACUUAUUGAAGAUGCAAGAAAUUGAGUUGAACAGCUUCAUUGAAGAAAAUGUUGUCUUUGACAGUGAAGGAGGAGGUCUACAGCGGUACAAUUUGCAAAGUACAGUAAAAAUCAGAGAUGAAGAAAACAAGAUUCGAGUCCUCUGUGUUGGAAGCUCAAACAACAAACCAUCCACGUGUGUCCUACUGCUUGGAGAAACAGGUGCUGGAAAAACCACGAUAGUUAAUGCAUUCGUGAACUUUAUCUUCGGUGUAAAGUUUGAAGAUAACUUUCGUAUACAAGUGAAGGACCAGAUAGAUAGUAGCAAUAGGAAGGAAACAGAAAGCCAGACAGAUUAUAUUACUGUUUAUGUGAUCUAUCAUCAAGAAGGAAUGGUAUGCCAUCACAAUUUCAUAGUUAUAGACACUCCAGGACUGGCAGAUACUAGAGGUAUGCAAGAGCAGGGAAAUGUUAUGGACCGAUUAGAAAUGUUCUUAACAUCUGACUUUGGAAUAGAUGAACUGAGUUGCAUUGGGUUAGUUGCUAAGGCAAAUACAAAUAGAGAUUUCAGUUUUCAGAAAGACAUAUUAGGAGAAAUUAUAUCUUUACUUGGAAAUGAAGUGCCAGAGGUUACAAAUCUAUUUGCUACUUUUGCAGUUGAGAAGCCCAUGGUUGACCAAAUUGUUAGAAAUGCAGGAGUACAGUUCAGUAAUAUGUUCGAACUUGAUAAUGGGGUCCUCUAUGCUCCUCAUAAGCUUAGUUCUAGCAUUCAUAAAAGAGAUCGGGGUAUGCUAUCCUAUAGAUGGGAAAAUAUGAUUGAACAGUAUGAACGGCUUUUUGCUGCCUUGGUAAAUGCUCCAUCUGUAAAUGUGAAGUUAUUGCGUGAGAAGAAACUUUUAGAUAAGUCAUUGAAAAUAUUAAAAGUACAGGUUGAGGAUUUGGCCAAGUUACUUACUGCCUUGGAAAUGAAUAAGAAAAUGCUGAGUAAAUAUGAAUUACAAGAAGCAAAAAACAGAGAAUGGAGGCAAGAAAGAAUUGUAAAGAGAAAAGAUAGGUUGAGCAUUGAGGAAGGGUUUCAUGCCCAUAAUUGCCCAACAUGUGAUCAAACUUGUAUAUUUCCAUGCCCCCCAGAGAAGGAAAACAGUAAAGCUGGAUUUAUUGGAGGGAUAGCUGGAGCCCUCGGUGGGUCUGCUGCUGGAGCUGCUGCUGUUCAAACUACACUUAAUAGUGCUGCUGUAAUAACUAGAGCUGCUACUUCUACUGGGUUUGCUGCAUCAGUUGGAGGCUGGGUGACAAGAGCUUUAGGUGGAACAGUUGCUGCAUCUGAAAUUGGUGCUAUUGGUGGUGUUCCUGGCAUCCUUGUUGGGGGUGCAGUAGGCAUUACAAUUGGGGUUGUAACUGGAGCUUGCUGUGGCAAAUUUCUCUCACAGGGUUCCUGCGCUUUUCCUAGCAGAGGAGACGUAUGUGGUGAACGUGGGUGCUUACAUUCAUUAUCACAACACAUCAAAGAAGGAGAAAGGAUCAGGGAGUACAAUGAUUUAGAAGUGAAAAUAAACAAUGAUGUAAAGGAACUUUUUGAUGUAGCUGUAUCUAAGAAAGCAGAUGCUAAUGUCAAAAUUUCAAUUGGUAGACAGAAAAUACUGGCAUAUAAGAAACAAGUUGCUCAGGAUACAUUGCAGAUGCUGUUUCACGUGAAGAAAAUACAGGAGAUAUCUUUAACACGCGAUCCAAUAAAUCCUCAAGACCGUCUUGAUAAAUUAAUUGCAGAAGUACGAUUAGGCCAGCCAGAUCACAUUCAUCAUGCAGUUGGGAUUAUUAAGUUACUUAAGAAGGCUGUGGCAAAGCUCUCAACUUGUAAAGUUAAUCAACUCAGUGAUAAUGUAAAUGUGAUUAUGAAGUUUCUUGAGAAUUUUCAGAAGUAAUAAGAUGUUCAGUUUGCAUAGUAUAACUACCUGUAAUCAUCUGAGUGGUACUGUAUUCAGUUUAACCUAUAGUGACAAAAAUUUUAUAAUUGUGAAAUAAUUGUACUGGGUAUACAUUAUAUUUUAAUAAAUUGCAAUUACUGAAUACACACUAUGAAACAGGCAGUUAAUACUUUUGGAGACGGGUCAUACCGUCUCUCUUUGGUGCUGGGUGGGAGAGUGGGAAAUGUGGGAAGGGACGUCCUCUCAUACGUGGAGGAAGCUGGCCUUUUACACAAGCUUUGAGUUUAUUAACUUUUCAAUGUUCUUUUUACAAAAGGUCUAUAUUAUUUAUUACCUUUCAUUAUUUGAUUUUAGUCCUUUAAUAUUUUCUUUUAAUUCAGUGACAUAUGACCUAAGCUAUUUCUGAUAUUCAUUCUUUCCUGUCAUGCAGAUUUCAAAAGUCAUACCCAAGCUACUUUGGACUGCACCUCACCGAAAAGGAUUCACUGGGCAUUUACUACUCUUUUUGCCAACCCAGGGCAUCAUGUCAGGGACCUGUUCUUUGUAUCGAGUGGUAUCAAGUGACUUCUGUUGACGAUUUUUAUCCUGUGCUUUGUUAAAAUCAUUAGUUAUGAAAUACAAGGGUUAUUCAAUAAGCAAUGAGACUUUUUGAUGGAGACGGCAAAGGGGAGGGGCAAGCGCAGUGAUCAUGUUAUGACAUGCUUAGACAGGCAUAAACUACGUCUUCAUCUGUUUCUUUAGUCAGUUCUUUCGGUUAGUCUCUAGUAAGUGUUGCAUUAAUGAUGAGCGCUCUGCUUGUAUUUUGUACUUUGGAAGAACAACGGUCUGUUAUUCAUUUUUUUAAAUUUGUAAGGGAUAAAACCAAACGAAUUUCAUAGCAGAAUGCCACCUCAAUAUGUAAGUAAAUGCAUCAGUUGAGUGAACAUUUAAUAGUGGGUUAAACAAUUCAAGAAUGGUCUAACAAGCUUGCAAAGAAAAUGCAUGAUUCUUCUGCAAGACAAUGCGCGACCACACAGUGCACAGCAUAUGUAGGGCUGGGAGAUUUUGCCUCAUCCUGCAUUCAGUCCAGAUCUUGCACCAUCAGACUACCACAUGUGUGGUCCGCUCAAAACAGCUUUACAUGGAAAAAAAAAAUAUGAGGUGGUCAAGAAAGAAAUCCAAAAUUGGUUACUUUUACUUUUACUUUUAUCCUCUUCGCCACUGAUCGGCUUGUUAGCCGCUUGGGCGAUCGGUCACGUCUCUGAUUACUUUUCUUUUUCAUUUAUCUUCUUCACCAAAAGAUCGG